UGUUUCAUAUUUAAAUUUUCAUGAUUAUAUUAACUCAUUAUUCUUUAGCAUGAUGGCUAAAAAACGUGACGGUAGUGAAAAAUCAAAGAGUAAGAAAAGUAUUAAAAGUGCGGUAUCUGUAAAAUCGAAUGCAACAGGAGCUACGUUUGUAGACAAUGUUAAUAUUCCUCAUCUGGACGUUUCCUUAAUUUUGGAAGGCAGCCCUGGCCAAGGCGACUGGAUUUUGUUGGUAAUAUUUAAUGGUAUAACUUUAUCACAGACAAAUUGGGAGGAUAAAGUAGAUCUACCAGAAAUACAAAUAUUAUUAAAUCUCGAGGAGGCUAAUGAUCAGACAUUACUAGCAGACCAGCCUUUACUGUUUUUACUACGAACUACGAGCAGUAAGGCCGCAAAAUCUUCAGACCCAUUGUUGAAUCAUGAAAACAAAGCUGGGUGUUCAGCAGACUUGCUUCCUAUACUGCUAGGUGAAAGAAAAAUAAAAGUGAUGUUGCCGUUAAUAUCUUUAGCUACAGGCAAACAUUUCAACUGCUCUUUGGACGUCUGUGUCACAUAUUCCGAAGAAAACAUUCCAAAUAUAGAGAAAAUUCCACUAUUGAUAACACUGCUCUCAGCGCAUUGUCUUCCAUCAACUAAAGAUGCCCCUCUGUAUGCCGGAGCAAUGGAGCUAGCAAAUGUUCACAGCCCUAUUCAUUUUGGAAUAUCAAAUAGUGACUCCACCACUGAAAAUAUCCUGUGGGCAUCAGCCGCUGCCGGUGGUAGAGCAGCUUAUACGAACUUCAGAAUUCCAGCUGAGGAUGUGUUCAUUCCAUGGGAAUUUGACCCUCUUAAUACUAAAAGGUGUUUUUCUAUUUAUUGGAAUGCCAUGAGGCGCAUACUUGUCGAUCCAGAGAGCUUACGGGACCGUCUGAAAUCUCAGUUUUUUGUUGAAAUUGCUGCUGCUCAAAAAUCGGGCAAAAUUGAUUCUAAAUAUCGAUACAUGGCUUCGAUCGAUGCCGGAGUAUUAUUAGAAGCUAAUCAAUAUGGUGUCACAACAUGUGCAAAGCUAGUUCAUUUUGAUAACGCAAAUUUUCCUGAAAACGUCAAAACUAUAUUGGAAGUUCCUCCUUCUAGUGCAAAGGCACGCUCAGAACAUAAUGAUACUGUUGCAGAUGAAUUUGGACACUAUCCUUAUAUUGUAGUAAGGUUUGAUUUAUACGAAUCUUUGACAUCUAAAACGAAAACAUUAACUUACUACGAAAAUCUUGGAAUAUUACCACCAGAUGGUUUACUAUCUUCUGUAUUUGAGCUGGAUCAUCCGCUACCUCAACCUGAUGAUAAAGGUAUUGAUGUAAGUUGUAUUAGAAAAGAAGCUGGCGCCUUAGCUGUACAUGAAGAACUUAGUAAAUUAGUUUCUGAUAGUGUACAUAAAAAGGACACAUGUAACAAAAAGAGUGCAUGUAACAAUCUAUCGACGCGCGUAAAGACAAUGCUAAGGAAUUUCCAAGUCCAGAAGACGGAUCAUUGGCAGAACGUAUUAGCUUCGCAAUAUAGAGCCUGUCAACGUAGCGUUCAAGCGUCCUUUGCUCCAAAUUUAGAUGCAAAACCACCGAUUUUUUCACGUACAUUUGCAGCCGCUAGAGCCCGCAUAGCUGGAGAUACAAGGAUUUCGAUGCAACGUAUAAAAAUUGAUUUAAAAAGAUUUCCAGAACACCCGAAACCUCUAUUAGCCUUAGCUUUGCGGUGUUUGGAAGAAAGCAAUGGUAAAGACGCCCUAACUUAUCUGUAUAGGUCACUAAAAUCUCAACCAAGAAAUAAGUAUGUCUUGUGGACCCUAGGAGCUGUUGAAUUCAGUGGAUCUGAUCCCAGAGAGGUGUCUAAGGCUGCUUUUAAUAUAGCUGUUAUGGGCGAUGUCUGUGAUGGUAUUACGGGUGUCAUCGGCUGGGCUGCAUUGCAUACGCGUUAUCAUUUUAAAAGGGACAGUUAUGGUGCUUUCCUAGCAGCUAAGAAAAUGCGAAAGUGGUUUGAAUUGGAACAACCGUGGAGACAAUUUUUAGAUAGAUGGAUGAGCAUAAGCGGUGAAAAAGAAAUAUACUGGGAUCCGAAAGCUAUAAAAUACUAUGACCCACUUUUAUUUGCCUCUGCGUUUUUCUUAUGUUUAAGAUGCUAUGAAUUUAGCGAACAACUUCUAUUUUGUUUCAAAAAUGGUUGUACUACACGUGGCUCCCGGUUUAACGUCGCACAUACUGUAACCAAUGACGUGUAUUACAUAAGAGUAGCGUCACUUAUUCUGCGAAAGCAGGUAACAGAUGCACUAGUUCUCAUCGAUAAGAAUGUAAGAAAAUUCUGUCCAUCUACUGUUAUGUCUCAAAUGCGUGCGGUAGCUACCAUCCUACUCGGUGAGUGGAAUAAAGAUUGUGAGAAUGCAAUUGACGAAGCAGAACGAAUGGGAUCUAAACUUUGUCCGUUCAUUCUUUAUAACGCUGGUCUUGCAAAAAUUUAUACUGAUAUCGAUGGAGCUUUGCAGUACGCUGCGCGGGCGUACAAACUCGAUUCAUCUGCCUUCACAGCUCUUCUUAUUGCUAGAAUUUAUGGUAAAAUGGGAAAUGAGGAUCUCGCGCAGCGCUGGGCAGCGGUAGCCGUUAAUGACGAACCUUUGCUGUCUGAUGGUUGGGCAUUUUUAGCGACUCUUGCUUUGCGCGAGCAAAACGUGACAAAGGCGAUAUCAAUGCUAAGAACAUCGGAACAAGCGGGGCCGUUGAGUCCGGAAAUUGAGAAAGAUUUGAAGAAAGUUAUGAAAACCGUGGGAAUGGAUUCUUUGCCGAUGUUGACUUCCAAAGACAUUUGCUUGUGUGAAUAUUUUUAG